AUGGGAACGUUUUGGUAUAAUUCUGGUGCCGAGCAGUGGGCAGAUGAGUACAUCAACUCUCAGACGGAUCAUUCCAACUCGGCGCAGAACCUGUACCGCGAGCUCUUCCCAAAGAAGGUCCAUAUCAAGUACUCUUGUAUCAAGAGUGGCGCGCCCAAGGCACCUCUCGACCUAGCUUCUAUUCUCGGUGCAGCUUUCAGCAUCGGGAGUGCCCUCGCCAUACCUGCUGCGGCCGUCGGAGGUUCUUUGGCGGGUAUCAGUGGUGUCAUGUACCUGGUCUCGGCCACAGGGGACUCUGGUGGUUCCGACGAUGCAGUGGAAGUGACGGACGCGAUCUGGGGCCUACUUGCCAUUGUCGCCAAGCAGGGCCUCACUAAUAUCAGGGCAAUCGUGGCCUCAACAUUUGGCACGCAAGGCCAUAAGCAAAGUGGCAUUCACGAACUUAAACAAGAUGAAGACGAACUUGCUCUUAUCUGGCAGAUGACUAGACAAUCUAGAGGAGCAUAUGUGGUCGUCAGAGACGACUUCCCUGUCGACAAGUGUACAAACCUGAAUAACGCUUGGGAGGCAGACAAGAACCGAUGCCUUGGCAUCCCCGCUUGGUACCCUAAGAAGGUCUCCCAGACCCUCAGUGAAAACAAGGAUAUGGAGGCGCUCUGGACCGAUUGGAACAUGGACAAGCCUGGGACCCUCCGCAACGCCGUCAAAUGUUGGGAAAAUAACAAUGGCCACGUCGGCAAGACAGGCAUCCGCGAGCGCAACUGGGCGAGCGAGACGCCGCGACCCUGCUUCUUUGCUAUGCCUGUUCUCAAGGGCAACUACAUCGAUGGCUCCAAGGGAUCGAUCUAG